GUGGGCUCUCGCUGUGACAGCGUCAGCAGUCUCUUAGUCAUCCCCUGUACUGUCUGUAGUCUCUGGUCAUCUCCUCUACUGUCUGCAGUCUCUGAUCAUCCCCUGUACUGUCUGCAGUCUCUGGUCAUUUCCUGUACUGUCCGCAAUCUCUGGUCAACCCCUAUACUGUCCGCAGUCUCUGGUCAUCCCCUAUACUGUCCGCCGUCUCUGGUCAUCCCCUGUACUGUCCGCAGUCUCUGGUCAUCUCCUGUACUGUCCGCAGUCUCUGGUCAUCUCCUGUACUGUGUCCGCAGUCUCUGGUCAUCUCCUGUACUGUGUCCACAGUCUCUGGCCAUCUCCUGUGCUGUGUCCACAGUUUCUGGUCAUCUCCUGUACUGUGUCUGCAGUCUCUGGUCAUCUCCUGUAGUAUGUCUGCAGUCUCUGGUCAUCUCCAAUACUGUGUCCACUCCAAGCAUAACAGCCUUUUUCUAG